CACCAACUCAUCCAAGUCUUUCAACACCGGACAGACUCGUUUUUUCUCUAAAACUCGCCGCAAACAAUCGACAGACUCCAAACCCAACUUGAGAUGAAACUCCUUCAAUUGUUUAACAAUAACAGUUGGCAGGCCUGCCCCCAUCGCGUACUUUUUCGCCUCGUGUGACACCCCCAAUACCGACGUUAGCGCCCCCGUAAUAACGGACUUCUUCCGAACUAAACCUUUCGACGCUUUCAAAUCGCACAAUUCGUACAAAUUCAGCAAAAUUUCCGCAACACACGCCCCAUUUUGGGGCGAAUCCAACAAAUGUUGCAUAUGUGACGACAAUGCGGUGAGUGACAACAGGGCCGAGGUCUGCAAAUCUAUAAAAAACAGUCGAGGGGUGAAACAUGAGCGCCCCCUACCGUCAAAAGCCAGACUUUUCGCUGCCUCGCAUACAGUCUCGACAAAUGGUGCACCCGACUCUUCAAUUGUUUCGCUCAAAAUACGGAGCGCUGAUUGGUCGAAAUUCCCAGCCGAUGUGAGGAUCGACAAAAGUCGGAAAAUCUCGCUCCAAAGUCGGUUACGCAAACACAACAAUUGGGGCAGAUGCGUAUCUGAAAUAACCGAAAUUAGCUUAAUUUUAAUCAUCAUUAGAGUUACAAAUAGCGGAAAAAGAUAAAAUCGUAAUUCCGGCCUCGAAUAUCCCCUAAUGACUUUCAACCGAUAUAAAAAAGCGCGAUUCGUUUGUUACCACAGUACCAAAAUGAUGAAAUUCGUGAGUGUUAUUCAAGUUAUUCUGGCUGUGGUAUCAUACUAUCACGUGAUACAAGCCAAGGUGACUGUGACCAAAUUCGAAAAUUGUGACCCUAAUGCCAACUAUCCCAUCAAAAUGAUGUUUAAACUAAAGCAAGGCAGCGACGGAGUACAGGUUUUGGAAGAAGGGAGUCUUUCCACCAAAGUGCCUCUCGGGAACGACAUUCUUGACAUUGCUGACGUCUCAUACAAGGAGGAUAAUGGGGCCUAUGAACACCUCAUAACAAUCAAAGAAAACCUCUGCGAUGCUGUUAAUAAAUAUAUGGGCGAAUUUAUGCACGACAUACAGGAAGCAGCAGGCCUUGAACGUGGAAAAUGCCCCGUCCCCCCUGGUGACUACAAAAUCAAGGAUCACGUUCUAGAUUUCCAAAAAUUCAAAUUCAAGAAAAUGCCUGAUGGGGAAUUUUUAGCCAAAGUGAGUUUACUCGAUGCGAAAACAAAUGAAACUCUUAAUUGUCACAAUCUUGAAUUUACUGUUGAAAAGUGAUUUAAAUAAAAUACUUAC